AUGGUUGAAAAAUCAAGAGGUGAAGUUAUUGAUACCUUAGUAGAAGGACUACAAAGAUUAGAAUACAGAGGUUAUGAUUCUACGGGCAUUGCCGUUGAUGGUGAUGAGCCAGGUAAAACUUUAAUUAUUAAACAGAUUGGUAAAGUUGCUGCCUUGAAAAAGGAAAUUGAAAGAGUUAACCCAGAUAGAACCAUUCCAUUAGUUAACCAUGUGGGUAUUGCUCACACUAGAUGGGCUACACAUGGUGAGCCAUCUAAAGUUAAUUGCCAUCCUCAAAGAAGUGAUCCAGAAAAUCAUUUUGUUGUUGUUCACAAUGGUAUUAUUACCAAUUUCAGAGAAUUGAAAACUUUAUUGACACAAAAAGGUUACACUUUUGAAAGUGAUACUGAUACCGAAUGUAUUGCUAAGCUAUUCAAGCAUUUGUACGAUUCCAAUUUAAAGGAUGGUUAUGAGUUAGACUUUAACGAAUUAACUAAACAGGUUUUAAUGGAACUAGAAGGUUCUUAUGGGUUAUUAUGUAGAUCUUCAAACUAUCCUGGCGAGGUGAUUGCCACCAGAAAGGGCUCCCCAUUAUUGAUUGGUGUCAAAUCAGACAGAAAAUUAAAAGUCGAUUUUGUGGAUGUCGAGUUUCCCGACAAUGAUGGUAAAGUUCCCGAAGAACCAAUUCCUUCCAAAACCAUCGGAACUUCUUCUCUGGCCUCCAAUCAUGUUAACGACACCGAAAGAAAUUUAUUCACUCCAUUAGCCGUUAACGAAACCGCUUUAAGAUAUUCCCAGUCAAGAGCUUUCUUGUCCGAGGACGAUAUUCCAAUUCCUAUUGAAUUUUUUAUUUCAUCAGAUGCUGCUUCUGUAAUCAAGCAUACAAAGAAAGUUUUAUUUUUAGAGGACGACGAUAUCGCUCAUAUUUACGAUGGGGAACUACAUAUUCAUAGAUCAAGAAGAGAAAUUGGAGAAAACGCAACAAGACCAAUCCAAACACUAGAAAUGGAAUUAGCCCAAAUUAUGAAGGGUCCAUAUAAACAUUUCAUGCAAAAGGAAAUUUUUGAACAACCUGAAAGUACCUUCAAUACAAUGAGAGGUAGAAUAGAUUUUGUCAACAACACAGUUAAAUUAGGCGGACUCCAUUCAUGGAUUCCAACGAUUAGGAGAGCCAGAAGAUUAAUAAUGAUAGCCUGUGGUACUUCUUAUCAUUCAUGUCUCGCAACUAGAGCCAUGUUUGAAGAGUUGUCUGAACUACCAGUUAGUGUAGAAUUGGCCAGUGACUUCUUGGAUAGAAAGACGCCCGUUUUUAGAGAUGAUGUCUGUGUGUUUGUUUCCCAAUCAGGUGAAACAGCUGAUACCAUGUUGGCACUAAACUAUUGUUUAGAAAGAGGGGCUUUGUCUGUUGGUAUUGUAAACACUGUUGGUUCCUCGAUCUCUCGUGUCACCCACUGCGGUGUUCACAUUAAUGCGGGACCAGAAAUUGGUGUUGCUUCUACAAAGGCUUACACUUCACAAUAUAUUGCGCUAGUUAUGUUUGCUUUAUCUUUAAGCGAUGAUAGAAUAUCUGUUAUUGAUAGAAGGACCGAGAUCAUCCAAGGGUUGAAAAAAAUUCCAGAACAGAUUAGAGAAGUUUUAAAGCUAGAAGAAACAAUUAAACGCCUAAGUAGCGAUGAGUUGGCUGAUCAAAAAUCUUUAUUGAUUUUGGGUAGAGGGUAUCAAUUUGCUAGUGCUUUAGAAGGUGCCUUGAAAAUCAAGGAAAUCUCGUAUAUGCAUAGCGAGGGGGUUUUAGCUGGUGAAUUGAAGCAUGGUGUUUUGGCUUUGGUAGAUGAAAAUUUACCAAUUAUAGCAUUUGGCACAAGAGAUUCUUUAUUUCCCAAAGUUGUAUCAUCGAUUGAACAAGUUACAGCCAGAAAGGGGAAACCAAUUAUUAUAUGUAAUAAGAACGACGAUGUUUGGAAUAAAAAAAAACAAAGUAUAAAAGGAUUGGUUACGUUGGAAGUUCCGCAGACUGUUGAUUGUUUGCAAGGAUUAAUAAAUAUCAUUCCCUUACAAUUGAUGUCGUAUUGGUUGGCAGUUAAUAAAGGUUACGAUGUUGAUUUCCCAAGAAACUUGGCUAAAUCUGUGACGGUUGAAUGA